GGCCAACUCAAUAGAAAUCCUCACUUCUUGACUUGUUCACUCGUUAUUGUGUUCUUAUUUCCUUGGAACUGGCAGAGUUGGCGAAUAUUUUAAUUUUAUAGUCGAAAUGACCGCGUUUUUACCGUCAAAUCUUUUGGCAUUAUUUGCUGCUAGACCUCCCAUACCAUAUCUUCCGCCUCUGGAUAAACUAGGUCAUCAGAAAAAGCCUUGGCCGUACAGUGGAAUUGCGAGUAUCGUUGCUGACUUCGAGGAUCCUGAAGACACACCUCAUCCAACUCGUGGAGAAACUAGAGUUAAAAAAAUAGAAAGAAAGAAACGUGAAAGAAUUGAGAAGAACAAAGAGGAUUUGGAGAAAGCUGCAGAAGAAUGGGAUCCUCACACUGAUCCAAAUGCAAUCACGGAUGCAUUGAAAACUUUAUUUGUUGGAAGACUGAAUUACGAUACAUCUGAAAAAAAACUGAAAAGAGAGAUGGAGGUUUAUGGUCCAAUACAAUCGAUUCAAAUGGUGACCAAUUCUACCACAGGAAAACCUCGUGGUUAUUGUUUUGUCGAGUUUGAACAUGAAAGGGACAUGCAUACCGCUUAUAAACAUGCUGACGGAAAGAAGAUUGACGGCAGGCGUAUUGUCGUUGAUGUAGAAAGAGGAAGAACAGUGAAGAACUGGAAACCUCGACGUUUAGGUGGAGGGCUAGGUGGCACACGAAAUGGUGCUCCUGAAGCAAACAUAAAGCAUUCUGGCCGCGCCGAAAAAUUUGACAGGGAUCGCGAGCGAGAUGAACGUGAUCGUGGUGGUAAAUAUCGUGACCGUUCAAGGCGUGAUCGCGAACGAGACCGUGGCCGUGAUAGAGAUCGCGAUAGACAUGAUCGUCGCCGAGAAAGGAAUCGUGAGGUUCGGGAUCGUGAUGGUCGGGACCGUGAGUUUCGGGACCGUGAGUUUCGGGACCGUGAGGUUCGAGACCGUGAAGGUCGGGAUCGGGAUAAGAGACAGGUUCAUCGUCAAGACUAUAUUUACAAGAGAACCGACGUUCUACUGAUAUGAAUGUUACAUCAUUCCAACAGAGCAAUAAAAAUAAUUUUAGAAAGAAA